AUGGCCGAACCAGUUCCACCGCGACCGCAUCACAUAUAUCCGGAUUUGCUUACUCAACAACCCCCGAUCCUCAAGCGGCAUCAACAAUGCCGCAAUACUUCGGAUCCGACGGAUCCAGACGAUGAUUGGAUGGGCAUCACUGACGCCAGGGACAGGAGGAGACGUCAGAACCGUAUUAACCAGAGAGCAUAUCGUAAACGGAAAGCCCGGGACACUGUUCACGAUGACCUGACAACAACGUCUGAGGGUAUCCUCAUCUUGCCAACACCGCGGGACCGUGCGAUAGCAUACGCGUUUAUGCAGCUCGUCGAGGUGCAGCACAGUCUCAAUUCUCACCGUCCGGCGAUGCUGCCCUCUCUUAUUCGUCUCAAUGCCGUCAAUGCCGUGUCCAAAAACGCUUCACAUAUCGGCAUUCCACUUGAAGGUUUAUGUUGCGACGAUGUGACGUCUCCGUGGAGCAUCAAGACUUUAGGCCCUCUAGAAUCCACCACCACCUCUCUCUCAUGUCCCGAGUCUUUACAUCCCACAAAAUUACAGACUGAGAUUGAGCACCACCCUUGGGUUGACUUGUUGCCUUUUCCGCGGUUGAGAGACAAUAUGCUAAGAGCGUACACUGGUGGUAUCAUCGACGAAGAUGAGCUAUGCUUUGAUAUCCUUGGAGUCACGUGUAGUCAAGGCUUGGACGAUGCAUAUCUUAUUGUUUGGGGGGAAUCACACAAUCCAACAAGUUGGGAAGUGAGCGUCGGGUUUCUCAAGAAAUGGGGAUGGUUAUUGAAGGGCUGUUCUGACUUGGUCCAGUCAACCAACAGAUGGCGACAGCAGAGAGGUGAGUCGACACUGGAUAUUCUGAUCUGA